CCGUCGGAGGCUGUACAAAGUCUCAGGUCCACGUGGUCCGCUUGCUUUCCCUCGCCUCGCCUGUCGCGCCUCGUCUCAAACAAACUGCCCGCGCCGGGGUCGAGUCCUCCCAAAACCUUAAACUCGCGCGGGUAUGAUGAUCUGAUCCCACAUGGGAUGUGCCGGAGUCGGAGGUCUCAGAGGCGCCAAAAAAGAUUCUUAGCUCCCGUCCUCGAGAUAUAUUCGUCUUCAAAGGACAUGGUUGCCAGCCGUCCGAUACUUGUACGCCGGGGCUGAUCUCUUUAUCGUCCUCAUCAACCUCAUUGCUCCAUUCGAUCCCUUCAAAACGACCAUACAGCCAACCCGCUGUCCAACAAUCCGAUCGCAAAUCACGCAGACUUGGUGAAACGAUGAUCUUGCCCAUUAUUGCGAGGAUCCGCCCCCGGAACCUGUUUACCGGCUCGGUACUGGUCUUUCUAGCCGUCACUUUCUACACCUAUCCCGGUGGACAACUUGCGCCCAGCACAAGUCUAUCAGAUCACCAGGGAGCCGCAGAGAUCAACGACUUGGACGGACGAAAUUGGUGUAGCGUCGAUGAUAUCGUCAACGGGCACUGGGUUGAAUCACCCCCCGUCGAGUCGAUCGAGCAGUUGCAACAAAAGUUCUUCCACCACUUCAACCGUCGGAUGCGAUGCGAUCCCAUCACAGUGAACCCGGGCCAGACCGACAAGGAAGCCAUGGAACAACGAGCUAUGCAGAUCGGUAGUCCCACUUUCGUGCCGAGAGGAGAAGGCUGUCUCGUCAGGCAGACGCCAUGGCGGGAUAUGAUCAAGAUGAUUCUGAGGAUGCCUGCUGGGGUGACUGUGAUCGGAGAUUCCAUUGGCCAGCAAUUGAUCGGGACCUUUGAAAACAUGCUAUUACAAGCCGACGGACUCGUCAAGGAUCACUCCAACUCGGUCUGGGAUAGGACCAUCUACAUGGACCCGUCCAAGCCAGAAACAUUACAACUGUUGGAAGAAGCCGGCGUCUCCAUAAAACGCCUCGAGGUCCCCCUGGUCACGCACUGGAGGACGCAUCAUCUCGGGAACAAGACGGACCUCGAUGUCGGGUUCGCCUCGAUCGAGAAAUACGAGCGGGCGCCGUAUGAACCCGUCGAGUGGUUCGAAAUGUUCCACGAGAACCUUCGCAAGAUGUACGGCCUGCUGGACGACCAGGAUCAGGAUCAAGGUGGAGAGGGUCUGUUCACGAGGGACGACGUGCGACCGGAAGAUUCGGUCAUCAUCAUGCAGACGGGUCCUCAUUGGACGGAGCACGAGUUGGGACACGACAUGUCCAACGAAGAUGCCUUGUCUGGGUUCAAGAACAUGGUGGACAUGACCGAGAGUCGGUUACGGGCACUGCCUUAUCCCGUCAACAUCUUGUGGCAAACGAUCGCAUCACCGCAUAUCGAUUGUCAAGCCGCGACUCGAUUCGAGAACCAGCGUGAUGAUAUCUCCUCACCGUUGGACGUGAACAAAGCCGCCCCUCACAAUCAUGAUCGGAUGGCUUUGAUGAACGAAUACUUGCGAUCGAAAUUCUCCGCCGAUCGUCAACGUCCUUCUUCUUGGCUGUCCAACCUACUACUACCGGGAUCUUGGAGGACUGCAUCGGUAUCACAUACCGUCCGCCUCACCGACGUCUGGCCGCUCUCGGUCAAACGUCCCGAAGCCCACACUGUUCCUCACAAGGGAGACUGCUUGCAUUACUGCGAGACUGGGGUACCGGACGAGUGGUUCAAGCUCUGUUGGCAUAUGAUCAUGGAGGACGAGAAGAACCGGGAUUACGAAUACAGAGGGGUACCUGCUUCGAACUCAUAAGCCGAUCCGGGGAACGGCCGCUUCGAAGGGUCAUCGAUUUUGUAUGGGGUUUCUAGGAUGACGACCCAGUAAUGGAUAUGCCUGAUGCGAAUCAGAGGUUGACGACGGAUUACAUAUACCAUAUACCAUAUACCAUAGGAUAGAGUUUCAGACGAUUGUAAACGGAUAUCUUCGUGAUCUAGAUAGAGGACCAUGUCAUCUUGUAACAGGGAACGUAUAGCACAAACGUGUAUAUCAAUGCCGAUUUUCCCGCAGGUCAUUGCGCCC